UUCUGUCAAGAGAGAGGCCGUCAGCAGAAUGUCACAGAAUACAUCUUGUCAGAACUGGCUGGCUGCAGAGAGCAUCUUGAAAAAGUACUACCUCUCCACAUUUUACGGGAUUGAGUUCGUUGUCGGGAUGCUCGGGAACGUCACAGUGGUGUUCGGCUACCUCUUCUGCCUGAAGAACUGGAACAGCAGCAACGUGUAUCUCUUUAACCUCUCCAUCUCCGACUUUGCUUUCUUGUGCACGCUUCCCAUGCUGAUAAGGAGCUACGCCAAUGAGAACUGGAUCUAUGGAGAUGUUCUCUGCAUAGGCAACCGCUAUGUGCUUCAUGCCAACCUGUACACCAGCAUCCUGUUUCUCACUUUUAUCAGCAUCGAUAGAUACCUGCUCAUGAAGCACCCUUUCCGAGAACACAUUCUGCAAAAGAAGGAGUUUGCCGUUUUAAUCUCUUUAGCUGUCUGGGUCCUGGUGACCUUAGAAGUCCUACCCAUAUUCCCUUUCAUUAACUCAGAAGGGACGGACAAGGACACCAGCUGCAGAGACUAUGCAAGCUCUGGAACUCCUAAGUACAGUCUCAUUUACAGCCUGUGCCUGACUUUGUUGGGCUUCCUCAUUCCUCUCGCUGUGAUGUGCUUCUUCUAUUACAAGAUGGUAGUCUUCCUAAAGAGGAGGAGCCAGCAACAGGUGACUGCCGUGCCCCUGGACAAGCCUCUGCGCCUGGUGGUCCUGGCGGUGGCCAUCUUCUCUGUACUCUUCACACCCUACCAUAUCAUGCGCAAUGUGAGGAUCGCCUCGCGCCUGGAUAGCUGGCCAGAGGGAUGUUCGAAGGAAGUCAUCAACUCCUUAUACAUUGUGACCCGGCCUCUGGCUUUUCUGAACAGUGCCAUCAACCCCAUCUUCUACUUUCUCAUGGGAGACCACUUCAGAGAGAUGCUGAUUAAUAAGCUGAGACAGUACUUCAAGUCUCUUACGUCCUUCAGGUCAUGA